AUGAAAUCUCUGCGAGGCCAGACUGCCAGAGAGAUGAAUCCUGGAGCCGCUCUGAUGGCCAAAGAUAUCUUUACUCGCGGCCUUGACGAUCUACCAGAUGAGAUGAUACGUGAAGGUGCAAGGGCACAGUAUGCUACUUGUGAGAUAUCCAGACACCAUCUCGCUUCCUUGACUUGGGAGCUUGAAGCAAGCAGCCGCUGGACCAGCUUCCUGGACCUUGCUAGGAAGUUCUUGAAGGAGAAGCAUGCAUACUCCGAGAGAGAUCUUCUGAUCUGGGAACAGACCUGUACCAACCGUGGGGUGCAAGAUAUUUAUGAAGACAGGCCCUACCACGAGUAUGCAGCUACUGAAGAGACUCUUACAUUAUCGGUACUCCAGGAACAGGCUCGUCAGUUGAAACAGUAUGUCGAGGAACGAGGCGUAGAUGAUCUGUCAGAUGACUCCUACCUUGAGCCAGGGUAUUACGUUCGAAGAUUAAACACUCAUCAUGAUGUAGCCAUGCUGUAUACACUCUUUUAUAUCGUUAUCGUUAUCGCGAUCAUGGCCAGGCCAUCAGUUCUAACUUCUCAUGUUGACCACGAUCAAGCCCUGUUCACGACCAUCAUGCCACCCAAAGCCAUGCAAGCACCCAAGAAACCGAGACGUAAACAACCACAAAACUCGAGGCAAGUGCAGAGGCCUGCCAGAGGUAGCAAUGAGAAUCCGUGUUUAAAUAAUGAUGAAAGUCAGGUUGGACGCCCUAGUGAACAAACCAACGAUCCAACACUUGUGGACGACAGAUUAUUGUCGACUAUGUAUGAGGAGGAGAUGUACUUGUCUGAUGAAGAUGAGCGUCUCAGUAGCCGCCUGUGUGAUGAUCAGCAGCCCAUGGAGUACCAGCAGCCGCCAGUCAGACAGGCUCAUCCCCACUAUUCAAUGCUCGGGCAGUCAUCGAACCCUCACCUCCAGCAUCAACAACCAUACCAACAACUCCCAGUGCACCAACCGCAAGGUGGUCACAUGUUUCAAUGUUCAAUUGACGCGCCACCUCCUCCCACUGUGCGUGGUGCAGAGCGUCUCAGUGGCCGCCUGCGUGAUGAGCAGACACGACCUAUGCGCACGUCACCGUAUCCCCUCCCAGGAUUACGCAAAGUGUCAGUUUUUGGCCCCCGCCGUAUUGACGAAGGUUACCGUGACCAGUGGCAGAACACUGGUGUUAUCUAUGCUGGAGCAGAUAAGAACGUUGCACCGAAACGCCCAACUGCCAGAGAUCUUCCGCCCAUACCGUUGCCUCCAUUGGAUAUCACCGUCCCUGGUCCACAGCAGCCCACCCUACCACACUCCCACCCAAUCCAGUCUAGCAAUGCAACGCACUCUCAUAACGAUACCGGAUCUUCAGACGCUGUUCCCCCCCAGCAGCAAGAGCCUAUGCCCGUGCCUGCCGACCUGGUCAAUGAGAUCAGCAAUAGCGCGAGGUCAAAAAUGCGACGUUCAGUACUUUCAGACAAUGGCAUGCCCACGAACGAGGAGAAUAUUGCAAUGGCGCGCGCUGCGCUAUCAAACGCUAUUGCAACUCACGCAACUAUUCCCCCUGGCCGAUACUACCUCCCAGACGAGGAUAAAUUCAUUACCUCGCUCACCAAAAUCACGAACACCCUGUGA